AUGCUACACUCGGGGGCAACACGGAUGCUGCAUGUGGCACUUGCCGUGUUCGCAGUGCUGUUUUAUUGCGGAGCAAAUGGCGAGUUCUAUUCGUCGAUACAUGAGAUGUCCAAGGUUUUUGGCUAUGAGCAGAAAAUGUUGCAGUACAUGCAAAAAUUCAUGGCCGAUAAUCAGAGUAAAUUGGAUUUUCUGAAAGCGCGACUGGACGAGUACGAGCUUGAGCGUAACGAGGCGUUGCAAUGGGGCGUGGCAUACUUUGAGAGUCCGUUAAACAAAUAUUUGCUGAGCAAACGGCUGACGGUCGACUGGCAACGUACAACGAAUCUCAUGGCAGCCACAACGGGCGAAAGGGCACUCGCCCGGUUGCAUCAACUGCGCCACAAAAAGUACAUGCCCAACGAGAGGGAGCUGGAGGGAGCCAUCGAUGGAUUGCUGCGCUUACAAUCCAUUUAUAGACUGCAAGCGAAGCAUGUGGCAGCUGGAAUACUGGACGGUGUGUCCUAUGGCACCCAACUGAAUGCCCAACAUUGCCUGGACAUUGCUCAGCAGGCCUUCCGAGAUGAGCACUUGCAGUUAGCUCACGCCUGGCUAAUGGAGGCCAACAAUCGCCUGUCCAUUAACGAUCGGCAUAAGCUGCAGCCAAAAAUUCAGAAGCUGCUGGCUCAGGUCAAGGCCAGGUUCACUAAUUAUCGAGCUGUCAAUGGCACAGUUGAGACCCUUAAAUCGGAGAAGGAGCAAGAACACUUGUUGCUCGCUCAAUCACAAAGUAAUGUCAUAAGCAGUGAACUGGAAAUUGAAGAGCAUCCACCCGUGCCCGAGGAUUUGAGGAAGUUAAGUGAAUUCGACGCCUAUCGUUACACCUGCAGUGGCCACAUCAAGACCACUCCUGGAGAGCAGCGUCAUCUGCGUUGUGGCUAUCUCACGGAGACGCAUCCUUUCUUGCUGCUGGCACCACUUAAGGUCGAGGAACUGAGCGAUGAUCCGCUGCUCCUGCUCUACCACGAGGUCAUUUAUCAGAGUGAAAUCGAUACGAUAACUGAACUGACAAGGAAUAAGAUUAAACGUGCCACUGUUACGGGUCUGAACUCAUCGGUUGUGUCCAAUGCUCGCACUAGUCAGUUCACCUUUAUUCCCAAGACACGUCACAAGGUGCUGAGAACCAUAGAUCAGCGUGUGGCAGAUAUGACAGAUCUCAAUAUGGAAUUUGCUGAGGAUCAUCAGUUCUCCAACUAUGGCAUAGGUGGACACUAUGCUCAGCACAUGGACUGGUUUUAUCAGCAUGCCUUUGAGACCAACCAGGUGUCCUUUCCCGAAAUGGGCAAUCGCAUUGCCACCGUACUUUUUUAUCUUACUGAUGUGGCACAGGGCGGUGGCACCGCCUUUCCCAUUAUAAAGCAAUUACUAAAGCCAGAGAAAUAUGCGGCCGUUUUUUGGUAUAACCUGCAUGCCUCGGGCGUGGGCGAUGUUCGUGUCCAACAUGGCGCCUGCCCCAUCAUUGUAGGCUCCAAAUGGGUACUAAAUCGCUGGAUACGCGAGUUCGUUCAGUCAGAUCGACGUCCCUGCGAGUUGUGGGAUGAUUCUCUGAUCACGAUGAAUCAACUUUUAGAGCUAAGUAAAAAAUUGGAGGAUAAGUAAAUGAGACGAUUAUAUUAAAAUAAAGUGAAUAAAAGACAAUUCGUUUG